AUGUCACGAGAAGCUGUGCAAGCUGCCCACGAGGCAGUGCAUCCUCCAGAAAAUGCAAGCAGUUUGUUGAAGGAAGAAUUCUCAGAAGUUACACAGCAGAUCCGUGAAGAUGGACGACAUCACGAAAUAAGCGAGACCGUGAACGACAGUCUUACGAAAGGCCGGCCAGGAAAGGAUGAAGCAGAUCUAAAAGAGAAGAAGGUCCUAGAAGGUGAUGCGCAAGAGCAAAAGCCGGGCCAUGUUCAACCAGAACGCUAUGAAGAGCAACAUGUCCACCAAGUCUACGAGCAAAUCGCCUCCCAUUUCUCUUCGACACGAUACAAGCCAUGGCCUAUCGUAGAGUCAUUUCUACAAUCUCUCACUCCUGGCUCAAUCGGUCUCGAUAUUGGUUGUGGUAACGGAAAAUACCUCGCUGUCAACAAAGACGUCUUCAUCAUCGCCAGUGACCGGUCCACCAACCUCGUCAAUAUCGCUACUCAGCACGAACCUCAUGCGGCAGUUGUAGCGGACUCGCUCUCACUUCCUCAUCAAGAUGGGAGAUUCGAUUUCGCAAUCUGUAUUGCGGUAGUGCAUCAUCUCAGUACGCGGGAAAGGAGGGCAGAGGCUGUAGGUGCUAUAUUGAAGUGUUUGAAGGGUGAUGGGAAGGCAUUGGUUUAUGUGUGGGCAUUGGAGCAGAAGGGGAGUAGGAGAGGAUGGGAUGAGGGCGGUGAGCAGGACGUUAUGGUGCCGUGGGUUAUGAAGAGUGGUAAAAAGAAAGUUGAGGAGGGGGCGGAGCCGGAGAAGACUUUCCAGAGGUAUUAUCAUCUAUAUAGGAAAGGAGAGUUGGAAGAGGAUGUUGUGAAUGUUGGUGGCGUAGUGGUCGAAAGUGGAUAUGAAAAGGACAAUUGGUGGGCGAUUUGCCGGAAGGGAGGGUGA